AUGCAACGCGUGGACAUAAAACGACCCAGGACCAGGCCACUUUUUUGGCGCGCCCGCGAGCGCCGCCGCGCGCGCCGGAUCGGCAGCCGCGCGCGCGCCGGCGCGUGCCGCGGCGCACGGCGCGGCGCGGCACGGCUGUGGCGCACGUGCGCACGCGCACGACGGGGGCCACCGGGCGACCCCCAAAGGCACGUGCCGCCCGCCACAGCGCCCGGCGGGGGCUCGCGAAGGCAACAGGACGCCGGGCGCGCCGGCGGGGGCCGACGGUUUUUCUCGUUCCCACACCUACCCAGAGCCGGAUCCCCACAAAUGCAACGCGUGGACAUAAAACGACCCAGGACCAGGCCACUUUUUUGGCGCGCCCGCGAGCGCCGCCGCGCGCGCCGGAUCGGCAGCCGCGCGCGCGCCGGCGCGUGCCGCGGCGCACGGCGCGGCGCGGCACGGCUGUGGCGCACGUGCGCACGCCGACGGGGGCCACCGGGCGACCCCUGAAGGCACGUGCCGCCCGCCACAGCGCCCGGCGGGGGCUCCGAAGGCAACAGGACGCCGUGCGCGCCGGCGGAGGCCGACGGUUUUUAUCGUUCCCACACCUACCCAGAGCCGGAUCCCCACAAAUGCAACGCGUGGACAUAAAACGACCCAGGACCAGGCCACUUUUUUGGCGCGCCCGCGUGCGCCGGACCGCGCGCCGCGGCGCACGGCGCUGGCUGGUCGGCCGGCUCUGCCGGGCCACGUGCCGGGCGCGUGCGAACCUGUUCGGCGGCACCCCCUGACCCUGUGGAAGCGCCAGACCGAGGCGGAGCCAGAACGCACGAGCCGUCCUUCACCUGGCACGGGACCCAUUCACCGCGCGCGCGGCUGCGCGCGCCGCGGCGCACGGCGCGGCGCGGAACGGCUGUGCCGCACGCGCCGCACGUGCGCACGCUUGCGGGGGCCAGCGGGCGACCCCUAAAGGCACGUGCCGCCCGCCACAGCGCCCGGCGGGGGCUCCGAAGGCAACAGGACGCCGUGCGCGCCGGCGGGGGCCGACGGUUUUUAUCGUUCCCACACCUACCCAGAGCCGGAUCCCCACAAAUGCAACGCGUGGACAUAAAACGACCUAGGACCAGGCCACUUUUUUGGCGCGCCCGCGUGCGCCGCCGCGCGCACCGGACCGCGCGCCGCCGCGCGCCGCGGCGCACGGCGCUGGCUGGUCGGCCGGCUCUGCCGGGCCACGUACCGGGCGCGCGCGAACCCGUUCGGCGGCACCCCCUGACCCUGUAGAAGCGCCAGACCGAGGCUGAGCCGGAACGCACGAGCCGUCCUUCACGUGGCACGGGGCCCAUUCUCCCCGCGCACGCCGGCGUGCGCCGCGGCACGUGGCCCCGGCGGGUCGGGCGCCCCACGCGGGGAGAGCGCCCCAACCUGUCCGCCCGAGGGCCAAGACCCUGGAGGAGCCUCAGACCGAGUUGGAGCAAGAACGCACGCGCGGUCUCUGAUCUGGCGCGUGGACGGCCCGCCGCGAACCUCGUUCUGCACCUCUGAGGUCACCGCGGCACGUCGACCCGGCGGGUCGGGCGCCCCACGCGGGGAGAGCGCGCCAACCAACCUGUUGGGCGGCCUUUCCUGACCCUGGAGGAGCGCCAGACCGCGGCUGAGCCAGAACGCACGAGCCGUCCUUCACCUGGCACGGGGCGCAUUCUCCUCGCGCACGCCGGCGUGCGCCGCGGCACGUGACCCCGGUUGGUCGGGCGCCCCACGCGGGGAGAGCGCGCCAACCUGUCCGCCCGAGGGCCAAGUCCCUGGAGGAUCCUCAGGCCGAGUUGGAGCAAGAACGCACGCGCGGUUUGUGAUCUGGCGCGUGGACGGCCCGCCGUGAACCUUGUUGUGCACCUCUGAGGUCACGGCGCCGGUCCGAACUGCGGCCGAGGGACGUCGGCGGCGAGGACCAGCCCUGGGUAGGCGGCAGGAAACGGGCGUGGCGAAACGCACGAGCGGUUUCGGAUCUGGCGCGGUGCCCACUGUGGCGGGGCGGAGCCAGAACGCGCGAGCGGGUCCGGCGGCUCGGUCCGACGGUGGACGAGCACCAGGCCGCGGCGGAGACGAGACGCACGGGCCGUUCUCGAUAUGGCACGGAGCCCAUUGUCAGGUCGCGCGGCAAGUCGCGGCACGGGCGGGCGCGCGGCUGGCGGGGGGCGGCGGUGGGAAGGGGCCGGGCGUGGCCCACGCGCGCGUCGCGCCGCCGGCCGCCGGCCAAGGCCCAAGGGCCAAGGGCCAAGGCCAGGCCAGGCCAGGCACGGGCGCGGGUGCGGUACGGUACGGUACGGUACGGUACGGCGCGCGCGCGCGUGGGUUUUUUUUUCUGCUCCGUCAGGCCCCCGGAGGGUGAUCCCCACAAAUGCAACGCGUGGACAUAAAACGACCCAGGACCAGGCCACUUUUUCGGCGCGCCCGCGUGCGCCGCCGCACGCGCGCGGCGUGCGGAGCGGGUGCGCCGCCAAGGGCCAAGGGCCGAGGGCCG